AUGGCCAUCGAGGAGCUGUGCAGCGGCCGCUUCUGGCGGGGGGUGCUGGCAGAGCUGCUGGCCACCCUCAUCUUCGUGGGGGUGGUCCUGGGGGCUUCGGCAUCCCCAGAGCAGCUGGCACCGGCCCUGGCAGGGGGGUUGGUGGCCGGGGGGCUCCUCUGCACCCUCGGGGGUCCCCAGGCCAACCCUGCGUUGACGCUGGCCCUGCUGUGCACCCGCAAGCUGAGCGCCCUGCGUGGGGCCGUGGGGGUCCUGGCUCAGUGCACGGGGGCCACGCUGGCCUCUGCUGCUGCCCGGGCAGCGCUGCAGGAUGGCACCAGCCUCGUCACCAGGGUGAGCACGGUGGGGACAGCAGGGACAGCGCUGGCAUGGGAGACCUUUGCCACCUUCCAGCUGGCACUGGCUGCCUUUGCCACCUCUGAACAUGCAGCCCCACAGGCUGGGCUGGCCCUGGGCAGUGCUCUGACCGCCGGUGCCCUGGCUGCAGGGCCGUUCUCGGGGGGCAGCAUGAACCCUGCGCGCUCGCUGGCGGCCAUCGUCACCGGGCUCUGGGAUGAUCAUUGGGUGUACUGGCUGGGCCCGGUGCUGGGCGCGGUGCUGGCCGGGCUCUCCUACGAGUUCAUCCUGGCACCGGGGGCGUCCCGGGAGAAGCUCAGCGCCUGCCUCGCCUGCCGGGACGUGGUUCUGGUGGAGACCCCCAGCCUGUCCCCCUCCUCGGGCGGGGGCCGGGACCCCCCGUCAGCCCCGUCCCGUGCCGGGGAGCUGAGCGCAGCAAAGCCCUUUGUGGUGUCCUCUGCAGCCCCGGCAGAUUCCGCCGGGCACCAAUGGCCGGGCCGGGCUUUAAUCCCCCCCGGCCGGGGACUCAGCGCCCGCUAA